AUGGCAUUUCAAUUUCACACCACAACUUUUGGCCAGUUAGUGCGUUUUAUUUCCGGUAACAAACUCUUCAAAUAUCCCGACGAGGUCGAUCCAUCACUAUGGAAGAGAUUCCGUCGCCAAGAUGCAUCUGAACAUGCGGAUCGCUCUUGCAGAGGACCCAUUAAAAAUGAGGCAAAUGAGAACGGCGUUCUGCCUAAUACUGUAGUGAUUCAUAAUGGCGACAAGGAGAUUCUCCUAGUGGAGUGGUAUGGACCAGAUGAUCCCGAAAAUCCUCGAAAUUGGCCAUUGGUCUGGAAGAAUCUCAUGAUGUUUCAGCUCUGUGUCCUAAAUUUUGCUGUUUACAUGGCCAGUUCUAUAUACGUUCCAGGCGAGCUGGGCGUCAUGAAAGAGUUUGGCGUCAGCGAGGUUGUGGCAACUCUAGGGCUCUCUCUAUUCACUCUUGGAUAUGGUGUCGGUCCUAUGCUAUGGUCUCCAUUAUCUGAGAUGCCAAAAAUUGGACGCAGCGGUAUCUUCUUCUGGACGCUCUUCGCCUUCAUCGUAUUACAGCUCCCUGUUGGGUUUGCUCCAAACAUUGCAAUCUUUCUCACCUUUCGGUGGGUGACAGGCUUCUGCGGCAGCCCGUGCCUAUCCACCGGUGCUGGCACAAUCACCGAUCUAUAUAACUCCUCUCUCGUCUCCUAUUUAAUCUGCAUCUGGGGGACAGCCGGUUUCUGCGGUCCUGUAUUUGGUCCGAUCAUUGGCGGGUAUCUGGCCCCUUCCAAAGGGUGGCGUUGGACAAUAUGGGUCAUCACAUGGAUUUGCACACUGGUCAUUGUCGCCAUGUUUUUCUUUUUUCCCGAGACCAGCGCUGCGAACAUACUCUAUAAAAGAGCCAAAAGAUUGAGGAAAACGACUGGAGACAGUCGAAUUAGGAGCCAGUCCGAAAUUGACGCCGCGCAUUACACCGCAAGAAAUCAUCUGAUGGUCCUUGCUAGGGCUUUUAUUUUGACAUUCUCCGAACCCAUUGCGCUAAUCAUGAACUUGUACGCCGGUCUUCUGUACGGUGUGCUGUUCAUCUGGUUCGAGUCAUUUCCCAUCGUGUUCGGUAGUAUUUACGGUUUCAACCAAGGAGAACAGGGCCUAGUUUUCUUAGGCAUUCUCGUCUUUGCUCUUCUCUCAUUAGCACUCUUUCUACAAUGGAUUAGAAACAACAUUGCCACAAAAGUCGAUACGCCGGGAUUUACGCCAGAGAUGGUUCUUCCUCCAACAUUUUUAGGAUGUCUUGCCCUUCCAAUCUGCCUAUUCUGGUUUGGCUGGACAUCACGAGCAGAUAUUCACUGGAUCGUCCCAAUCAUUGGAUCCGGCCUCUUCUCUGUUGGGGUGGUCACGCUGUUUAAUUCGUUACUCAACUAUCUAGGCAUCACAUAUCCCGCCUAUGCAGCAUCCAUAUUUUCAGGAUCUGCACUUUUUCGGGCCUCUUUCGGUGCCUCUUUUCCACUCUUUGCGCGGCAACUCUUUUACCGACUCGGUGUUGGCCCAGGUAACUCGCUCCUCGGUGGUAUUUCUGUGCUAUUCAUUCCGAUUCCUUUCAUUUUUUACAAGUACGGGGGAACGAUCCGCCACAUGAGUAAAAAUGCUCGACACGAUAUAUAA